UCUUUUUAUUUAUUAAUUUUCUUAAUCAUCUGAUUUUCCCUGGCCUUAUCGACCACAUAUUUUGUUUUUCCUAGUUUAUAGACGAUCCCUAAACUGAUAAACAUCCCGGACCACAUCCGCGACCGAAAAUGGUCAGCCCUGUCGGAACCUUCUUCAUAAUCCUAUUCGUACUGCUGAUCGUCGCUGCGGUCGGCUGGAUCGUCUUUACCCAGCUGCGCGCAAGGCGGUUAGGUCUUCCUGCCCCACCCCUGUCAUCCUACAUCCCUUUCGUCCACUCUAAACCCUCGUCUUCAUACGGACCACCGCAACCGGCACCGGGCGGCGUUCGUGGCUGGGUAAACGACAAAUGGCGCGCCCUUCGCAAUAGCGGGAACAGAUCUGCGAGCGGCGCGUACGAGCGCCCAUCCCGCCGGGGCUUCGGACCCCUCGAUCCGGACGAGGCCUGGGACUCGCGCGUCGGCAACGAGGCGGACGGGUAUUAUCCUUACGGGUACGAGGAGCAAGAAUUGGGUCUUCGUGGACAAGGACAGCGCUUGCAACAUCAGCAGCACGAGCAUAAUACCAACACGGGAUACAACAACGUCAACCUAGGGGCCGAUGAGCCGAGAGGUAGGACCUUGAGCCGCGACCAGGGACUGUCUGUCGGAGGCAAUGGAAACGCGGACCUGGGCGUGGGAAGAAGUCGCAAUCCGUUCGACGACGAAUCUGCUGAGCCCAGCAAUAUCAGCAUGCGGGGCGUGAGUCCCCGCCCCAUCGACACGAAUGUCGCUGCGACCAGGGCCAUGGCGGGAGGCAAGCACGACAGCCCGACGUCGGAGCGAAGAUCGAUAUUCAGGGAGGAAGUAUAAGGGAGCUUGCGGUUUUUCUUGUUACGUAAUGCAUUGCGCCUUGUGUUUCUACUCUGUAUUUGCGGUUUGCGGUUCACGCCUACGUUUGAGAUGAGAUGUUUAAUGCGAUGCACUGUACAGGAGCCAUACGGUAUAAUAUAUGUCUGUGCAUGCCACAAACUAACUUCUACUUCGUCAAUGAAAAGGGGGGCGACAGAUUAAUUUCUUCUUUUCCUUCUUCUUCUUCUUCCUCUUGGCAGAGCUGGACUAGGCACGAUCACGUAGGGGUGUCAAAUACGGAA